AUGGGAAGAAGAGCCUCAAAAAAAAAAAAAAAACAGUUAACACUACAACAGUUAUAUGAGUGCCUCCAUGUUACUGGUAAACUUGCAGAUUGUUUCACUGAAGAGAACCCUGACAAAUCUAGAAGUACUGCUCAGAGAAAGGACCUGGAGCAGCUUGUUAUGCCUUAUUUUAUUCACGAAUCUUCAGUAGAAGUGACUGAGGUGUUACAAGCAGUGACGAGAUCUGUUAAACAUGAUCAGUGUUCCGUCAUCUUCUUCACUGACGGUAGAUUCUCUUCCAGCAGCUUCAUUAUGUUAACGGAGGCAUCAGUAGCUCCCUGGGGUGUGGCAGUGUUUGAGGUGACACUAGAUGGUCAACACGCUAAUCUAACAGUGCCACAGUUGUCCUGGGCGGUCGCUCAAGCACGUCAGCUGCGGCAGGUGUCAUGGUGCGUAAUGGUGGUCGUAGUAUGUGACGACACAGAUUUCCUCGUCGCCUUCGCUGAGUGGUCCCUCAAUGGUCGUCUCCUGGUGUGGUCAACGAGACUCCUCGUUAUCACUCGUCUACCCCUCCAGCAGCUGCAGUUCCUCCACUCGACCUUCUCCAUGACGAACUCAAUGAUGGUCAUCGUAGAGAACACUUCUGACAGCUCCAGAUGCAGUGUGUAUGUGAGGUUACCGUACACUACCCAGCAAUCUCUGUGGCUGAAAGUUGCCACCUGGGACGGCAGUCAAAGGCUAACUCUCACUUCGUACCUCAUGCUUUUUCCUGACAAGUUUUCUAGUUUUCUAGAGCGUCCGGUUCUAACAGCUGUGAGUGAAGAUAAUCCUCUUAACAAGUUAAUUAAGAAAGAAAACUCUGAUUUCCAAGACGGGCACAAAAUCACAUUCACGGGUCCUGUCUCAAAACUCAUGGACUUGCUGGCAAAGGCACAAAAUUUUUCGUACGUGAAUGUGAGGCCUCCUGACGGAUCUUGGGGCUUGAAGCACGAAGACGGGACUUGGAGUGGCAUGGUUGGAAUGGUUAGCAGGAAAGAGGCAGACAUUGGCGUUGGUCCUUUCGGUAUUAGUGCGACCCGAGCUGAGGUAGUCGACUUCACAGCACCCAUACUGAUAGAUUACUGGAGAAUAUUAGGUAGUCGCGGGAGGGCAGAGGUAAAUCCUUGGAGCUUCCUGAUGCCCCUGGCGCCCCUGGUAUGGGCUGCCAUUUUCACAACACUACUGGCGCUCCCUUCAUUAAUAUGUCUGCUCUCCUCGUGUGUUUUCGUUAACAGUAGCAAAGCAAAGAAGUGGCUUACAGACACCUUCGCAUUAAUUUGUAUACUACUUCUCCAAGAUACUUCUGUCUCUAAGAGCUGGUGGUGGGAGCGUCUGAUAUUUGGUACAUGGAUGAUGGUGACACUGGUGUUAACACAGAGUUACUCUGGCAACCUCAUGGCUCUCCUGGCAGUGAGACACAUCCCUCAGCCCUUCCAGUCUCUUCACGACUUGAUCGACGACUCAAAAGUUAUUACGAUAUGGGAAACAGAGUCAGCCAGUGUGCAGUAUUUACAUUCAGUUGAGUCUGGAAUAUUUCGUGAGAUCGCCAACCUGGAAAACAAAGGACGCCUUAUAUACAGAACUCAGCCUCAGUUUGCCGUGAGCAUUGACACCUUAGUGAGGCGCGGUGACCACGUCCUCAUGGAGGUCGACAUGAGCUUGAAAGUAUACAUGGCACAAGAUUUUACACACACAGGACAAUGUUCUUUUUAUGAGUCCAGGGAGGAGUUCCUUCCUUUAAUGUUUGCUAUGAUCGGCCAGAAGGACAGUCCUCUUGUUCCAGUUUUAAGUAAGAGGAUAAUAAGAGUGAAAGAGGCUGGACUGUUUUACCAGUGGAUGAAGGAAGAGGAACCAAACUCAACAAUCUGUUCUCAUUCCCCAUCCAAGAUUACAGUCAAAACGUCACUUUCAGUCAACAACCUAUGGGGAAUGUUUAUUGUAUACACUGGUGGCUUGUCUCUCAGUCUCCUGAUAUUUUCCCUGGAAAUUGUUACCAACUUCUCCUCGCAUUCACUACAAGACUAA